UCUCCCCUCUAUUCGGAAGUAUUUAAUGCAUGAGGUCACGGAGAAGGAGGAAACAGAUCUCGAUAGCUAAGAUGGCGGAGGAACAGCAGGAAUCCUCGCAGGGAGAGAUGGAAGGAGUUAAUUGUCUCGCCUACGAUGAGGCCAUAAUCGCUCAACAGGACAGGAUUCAGCAGGAGAUCGCAAACAGCAACCCGCUAGUGUCGGACAGACAGGACCUGUCGGUGCUGCAGAGAGAAUACGCUGAGGACGACACGGUUUAUCAACUCAAGCUCAAGGACUUAUACAAAAAGUACGCGUAUAUCCGCAAAACACGACCAGAUGGAAACUGCUUUUACAGAGCCUUCGGCUUCGCACAUCUAGAGUCGCUGCUAGACGACAGCAAAGAACUUCAGAAAUUUAAAGCAGUUGCAGCUAAAAGCAAACUAGACCUGGUUAGCGAAGGCUUCACUGAGUUUACCAUUGAGGAUUUCCACAACACGUUCAUGGACUUGAUUGAACUGUGUGAGAAACAUCCGAGGCUGCAGGAGCUGCUGAACUCUUUCAAUGACCAGAACAUGUCCGACUACGUUGUCGUUUACCUGCGCCUCCUUACCUCAGGCUACUUGCAGCGAGAGCAUGGCUUCUUCGAGCAUUUCAUCGAGGGAGGACGUACCAUCAAGGAGUUCUGUCAGCAGGAAGUAGAGCCUAUGUCUAAAGAAAGUGACCACAUUCACAUCAUUGCCUUAGCCAAGGCCCUGAAUGUAUCCAUUCUGGUGGAGUACAUGGACAGAGGGGAAGGAGGGUCUGUCAAUAACCACAUCUUCCCUGAAGGGGGCGACCCACGCAUCUUCCUGCUGUACAGACCAGGCCAUUACGACAUCCUGUACAAAUAACACUCCUGGGCCACAUCAGAUCACAUCCUCUCCUCAAGCUGCACUCCGCAGGGGGAGCGUUUAAGAAAAAAAACAAACAAAAAAUAACAUCAGCUGCCACGUUGAUUUACGAAUCGCAUCUGUGUCUGAGAUGAUUCUCAUUUAUUUGGAAAUAAAACGAUAAAAUCACAUGCGUCUCAUUUACCCCUCUUACGCCAAACCUCCCCCAGCCCCAGGCCAUCCUCCGCCGUCACACAAAAUGGUUAACGGAAAAAAUAUAGUUGGAAAAUAGAAGUGACUCCAGCCGAUUAGUUGUACAGGUUUUUUUUUUUUUUUUUUUUGGUUUUUUUUCUUUUGUGGUUGUAAAUGUUAUCUUCUUGCUUUGUUUGAUUCUCUUCCUUUGGUACACUGCGUUUCAUUGAGUUUUAUUAAAGCAAUUUACAUCUUA